AUGGCGAUGUCCAGCUUCGCAACCAGAAUCCUCGCUCUUAUGGACGCAUUCCGGUGUCAACGGCCGGUAGCCUGCAGCCGUGCAGCUACAUCGGAACCUAAGAUCGCACCCACUUUUCCAGAMGGUAUUGCAUCAGGCCACUGGACACCAGACAGACCCGAUCCCUACGUCUAUGGAUACCUUGGUCUGAACGGAUGCUGGCAGCCAUCGGAACCUUCUGACGGCCCUCCAUACUCACAUGACGGAAACUGGCCGAAACGUUCCAAGACAUGUGUAGUGACAGCACAUGGCGAUCCAGCAAAGGACGAUGCACAUUCUAUCGUGAAAGCUUUCAUAGACUGCAGAAAUGAUGGCCACGUUAUUUUCGAGGAUACUACGUACCACGUGAGGAGUGUCAUGAAUACAACGGGUCUAAGUGACGUCGACAUCGAGCUGCGAGGAACGCUGAAGUGGAGCGACGAUAUUCCGUACUGGCUGAUCCAUUCACUGCCAAUUGGCUUUCAGAAUCAAACUUCCGCAUGGCAUCUUGGGGGCGAGAGAAUUCACUUGUACAGGCACGGUAGGGGGACACUGGACGGAAAUGGUCAGGUAUGGUACGAUUUCAACAAAGAUGUCUCGAACAGACACGGGCGACCUCAGGCCUUGCUCAUCACCGACACCAAACAUUCCGUCAUCGAAGGACUGCGGUUCAUCAAAAGUCAGAUGUGGUCACUGACAGUAGCACGCUCUGAAAAGGUCUUGCUACAAGACAUGUACGUUAACAACACCAGCUGGGAUGGGCGCACCCUCCGUACAUAUAGUAAUGACGACGGUGUGGACACUAUCUAUGUCAACAACAUCACAUUUUUGCGCUGGAAGAUAGCAAACGGCGAUGACAGUAUCAGCAUGAAACAGAAUAGCACAAAUAUCUAUAUCGCGGACUGUGAGAUCCAUAAUGGAAUGUCGCUAGCCAUGGGGUCAAUAGGCCAAUAUCCGGGACAGAUCAAUGAGAUUGCGAAUAUAACAGCCGAAAGAAUCAAGUGCAUCGACACCCGCUACGCAGGGAGGGUCAAGACCUGGACAGGUACUUCCAAAGGAGUCGCGCCGAACGGAGGCGGUGGCGGCUUCGGCCAUGCCAAAAACAUCACCUUUCGAAAUUUCGAGCUAGAGAACGUGGGCUUGGCCUGGUCAAUCGCACAGUGCACCUCCUACAAUGGCCAAGAGGGAGGGUGCGAUACUUCGGAAUUUCAGAUCUCCGACAUGCAUUGGGGGAAUGCAAGUGGUACCCUUAGAGGUGACCGGGUUGCAACCAUCCAGUGCUCGGGCGCUGCACCGUGUCCUGGCAUCGAACUAUACAAUAACACCUUCUUCUCGCUGGAGCAGAAAGUCCUCGCCGAGUCGUAUCUGUGCUCGAACGUGGUGGACCCGAGGGGCUUCGUGUGUACUGGAUUUYGUGGUGGCGACUGUCCGCAGUGA